GUAUCGACUUCCGGAUCACAGGGUCAUGUUUUGUGUGUAGCAGCAGCUAUAUUUGAAUGCCAGCUAAGUUGCUAACGAGCUUAGAUAACCUCCGAUUAAGUCAGAAGAAAAUAGACGUUACACCUUUAGAAGUCAAUAUAUGUAUUUUCUUAAAUCACAUAGCUUGUGGACUAAAGCUAACUCUCGGACUCUUGAGUGUGUUUUUGGACAGACGUGACAUGGGAGGGUGAAGAUAAGCUUAUUCAAACAGUUUCGGAGGGGAAACACCCAUUCAUGCAUGAACACAAGGACCCUCCACAGAGGCAGCAGUCAGCAGAGCUUGAAGGAGGAGCAAGUGUCCAAACCAGGACCAGGAGAAGGUCGGUGUGUUCUGGAUCAGACACGAUGGGAGCUGGGAUGGGAUCCAUUCUGCACUGGCUGCACGAUGUAGCAUCUGUGACUCUCCUCAAAGCCCGGCGGACUUUAUUUCAGGCUGCCGUCCUGUUCUGUGUCCUGGGUCUGCUGCUUUGGGUGUCCAUCUUUCUCUAUGGAAGCUUCUACUACUCCUACAUGCCCACUGUGAGCUUCUCCACCCCUGUGCACUUUUACUACACCUCUGAUUGUGAUGCCUCAGAGCCAGGGCUUUGUUCAUUCCCCAGGGCCAACAUCUCUUUCUUGAAGAAUGAGAGAGACCAGGUGAUGGCUUACGGCCAACCUUAUCGAAUAUCUUUGGAGUUAGAGAUGCCAGAGUCUCCGGUGAAUGAACAGUUGGGUAUGUUCAUGGUCAAGAUGUAUGCUUAUACCAAGGGUGGGGAGACUGUCUCAUCAGUGGGACGAUCUACAAUGCUGCAUUACCGCUCCAGCCUCCUUCAGACCCUGAAUACUUUACUGUUCUCUCCUUUCCUUCUGACUGGGAUGGCUGAGCAGAAGCAGCUCAUAGAAGUUGAGCUCUUCUCAGGCUACAAGACAAAUGCUUAUCAACCCACUAUCGGUGCUGUCAUUGAGAUCCAGUCCAAACGAGUGCAGAUCUACUCAUCUCAGCUCCGUAUCCAUGCCUACUUCACUGGUAUACGAUAUGUUCUGUACAACUUCCCCCUGACAUCUGCAGUGAUCGGCGUGGCCACCAACUUUGCCUUCCUCAGUGUCAUUGUGCUGUUCAGCUACCUGCAGUUCAUAUGGGGUGGGCUCUGGCCUCCAGACCAAGUAAGAAUCAGGGUCAUGAUGGGAGACAACACCCGCAUCCAGCAGAGGAGAGAGGAGGCCCGGAGGCGCAUGGAGAGGGAAAACUCACAGAGGGAACUUGACGCUCCUAAAGUGAUUGGAUCUGCAAAUGAAGCAUCUGAUUUCCAGGGAAAUGACACAGCGGCAGAGCUAUCAUCAAAGAAGUUCUCAGUUAUCUCCGAUGCCUCGGGGGUUGAUGCUCCAGAUACCAGGGAGGAAGGGUCUCAUGACUCUAAGGGGCCUGAUGAGAAAGACAGUUCCGACGUGUUGGAUGGAUGCCUGCUGCCUCACCAGGGCGAGACAACACUCCGACAGAGACCUGGACCGUGGAUGAGCCUGUGAACCAUGCCUCUGCGCACAGUUAAAGUACCUGUAGUGUAUUUUCAUAUGCCACAUGUCCCAUCACUGUUCAGUAGACGAAAAGUCAUUUGGCAGAUACUCAUAGAUGCACUCAAAGUCACUGCCUCAGUUGGCACAAAUAUAGAUGCAUGAAAAUAUAUUACUUGUGAUGUUUUAGGCAACAACAAGCUACAGCUUAUUGUCUAAGUUUACCUCACUGUAACCUUUACCUCUGCUCAUGUCUUUCUGCUUAUUGUCUGCUCAGUGUGCAGACUGUCUGAAAGACAACAGUGCUAUUACAGUCUUAUGUUUGUGCCAUUCGUGUUUUUGGUUGUGCCCAUAUCAGGAGGUGCUACAUUCCAGCUCUGUCUUGUUCAGCAGUGUUGUCUGAAAGAAAAUGGCAUUACCAUCAACUUCUGUCCAACAAUUUAACACACCUGUUUAAAGUCAGUUGAACCUGCUUGUGUUUUACUGCUCUGAUGUCUGAAAGGUGGCAUUUUCCCACUUCAUGGUCAGCUUGCAAUAAGUGAGGCACACAUCCCAGCAAUCCUCCUAUAAAAAUAGAAGUGGACAGUGACUCUCUUAAUUACCAGUUCAAAUAUAAGUAGACCUGAUUGUUUUUGAAUGUAACUGAUGUCCACUUGAAACAAAAUUUUAAAUUUGGAUUUUGAAUUUUCCAGAACUGUUUCACACGCUCUGAGAGGAUACGCACAGGCAUGCCCCGUGAUAUUUUUUUUCUCAGAGGCUCUCUCAGCAAUUAGAUUUGGAAAAUUUGCCCCAACAACUGUCUUUGUUUUUUAAUAACUUCCUAGGGAAAAAAAGGUCCAGCCUAAGGGAUACAAAAAAUUUGUUGCAUAUUUUAUUCUUUUUCAUCUUGCUAGUAGAAACGUUCUGUUUCAGUAAUUACUGACUUAACUGCUGUGGCACAUUAAGAUGAAUAUUCUGUGUUUUUACAAAGUUGGUUUUCAUUCCAUCUGAUCUCUGUAUUCAGUAUCUGUUACAGUGCAGUUUGCACUCUUAAGUUUAAAGAUGGUAUUUAUUGUGCUUUCAUCACAACAGAGCACCAAGAUAAUUUUCAGAUAUGUCUUUUAAGACAUAUUUGUUAAUCGGUCUGUUAAUUAAACAUGUUUGUAUUUAACAUUAAGGAACAUAAGAUAUUGAGAAGGAUAAGUAAGGUUACUGUUGUGAAAUUGGCUCUUGUUGGUAAAGCCGAUGACGAUAAGGUAAAGUAGGAAAUGUUGGCAAAUAGCUGAGCCUCCAUGUAUUUAACCUGCUCUUCAGGGGAGUUAGGGUUUAAGCAAUUAUGUGUAAGGGUUUGUGCAAGUUGUGUUGAUGUAGGAUUUUGUACCAAAGAUAUUAAAAUGAAGCACUUAUCACUUGGUCAUCUCAGAUUGUGUCUUUUAGAAUAUUCUUCUAAAUGCCUCUGAAGUUACAUGAGUAGGUGUUAUUUAUGCAUUGAUACUGAAUUAAACUAAUAAAAA